GAUUCCUUACCAGAAGGAACACUAGAAAAUAACAAAUUAAGAUAUAACGUAAACAAUCACUGUACCAAAACAAACAAUGUUUAGUUCUGUCCAUUCUCAACAAACAAAACCAUCUGAUGAAUAAGGAAAUGGCCUUUGGCAGACCCAUUCAGAAGCUUUUCCUCCUCAGUGGACAGAGAAUAAAUAAUAAGAUAAAUUCUUGGACAGCGGUGGUUGAGAAGAAGAGUUAAGCAAUCAUGCUGUGUUAACUACUAUGACCUUAUAAAUAGGAUCACUUCUACAACUUAAACCAGAAACUGAGAAACCUUCAAGACAAAAAUGGGUUUCUUUCUUCAGAUACAAUAUUUUUGUGUUUCUAUCUUCUUUGUCUUCUUUUGCAACCUAUGGGUUGGGAGGCUUCUAAGGAAGAAAAGUAGCACACAAUACAAAGAGGCUCCUCAGCCACCAGGCGCCUUGCCCAUGGUUGGCCAUCUUCACCUCCUCAAGGGCCCAAAGCCGCUAGCUCAGCUACUAGGCGAGAUGGCAGAUAAGUGUGGUCCAGUUUUCAUGUUGCGAUUAGGCCAGAGAAAUAUGCUUGUUGUCAACAAUGUAGAAGGAGUAAAGGAUUGUUUUUCCACCAACGAUAAGGCUCUUGCUUCUCGUCCUGCCUAUGCAGCUGGCAAGUAUAUGGGAUAUGAUUAUGCCAUGUUCGGUUUUGCACCUUACGGACCAUACUGGCGCUUGAUUCGCAAGAUAUGCACAAAAGAGCUCCUCUCAAACACUCGUCUUGAGAUGCUCAAGCAUGUUCGAUCAAUGGAAACUGAUAUGUUCCUAAAGGAACUGCAUGAAAUGUGGAUGAAUAAUAAGCAGAGUCCAAUUAAGGUUGACAUGAAACCAUUACUAGGGGAUCUAGCAUACAAUAUAAUUGUUAAUAUGGUGGUUGGGAAGAGGUAUUUUGGUUCUACAGGCGAUGCCUCUGAUGAAGCAUGGAGAUUUAGAAGCGCAGUUACUCAGUUCUUCAAGUUGUUACGUGCUUUUGUUCCAUCAGACAUGUUUCCUUUUAUGAAGUGGAUUUAUGUCAAUGGGAAAGAAGCUGCAAUGAAAUCUCUUGCUCGAGAACUGGAUUCAAUUAUGAGUAACUUUGUUGAGGAGCAUCGAAAAAGGAGGACUUCUCAAAAGGCUAAUGGUGAUCAUGACUUUAUGGAUGUGAUGUUAUCAACAAUGGAAGAUGCCCAGUAUUCUGAACUGGAUCCAGAUAAAGUUAUCAAAGCCACCUCCCUG